CUCCCUCAGUACCUGACCCAUAGCGCACGUCGUGAGAGUGCAGUCGGACGUUAUGGCGCGUAUUGAGUAGCUUCACCACGGAGCCGCACGUAACGACAGCCAUGUCGGACGCUGCCACAGCGCUCCACAAACCACCCAACAACAGAAGCGACAAGACAGCCAUCCUAGACGGGAGAGUCCCUGAUCAUCCAAGAAAAUUUGGCCCUUCCCCGGAACCGGAAGCUAAGGGCGGAACGACGAAGAGGAGGAAGUGAAGACACCUUAACCUGAAUCUUUAUGGUUCCUUUGGCUAGAGCGGCUUAAGGAACACGCUGGCCCGGGUGGCCUUCGAGACCCCGCUUCGUCCUGGUUGCUCCGUGGCGGCUUCGUUCUUUAUUACCUUCAGUCAGCGUUCGCACACUCGAGGAGAAAGCGCUAGACACCGGAGGGGAAAAAGAGAACAAGAAGUGACCCGCCCACUCCCAAUGACAGAGAGCCGGAGGUGACGUAGCACGUUUACGCAGCAGCGGCGACGGUGGUAGCGGCGGCGGCGGCGGCGGCAGCGGCGGCGGCUGCGGGGGCCCUUGCGGUGGGUCCGGACUAUCCUUUUCCAGUCUCGGUUCGGCGACUCCGUUUUCUUCCGUGGGAGCUUAGCGCAGCGGAGAAACAGCGACCUUCAAGCAGUCUUCAAGGAGGCUGUGAGAAGCAGCAGCAAUGUCUGAUUUUGUGGAAAGUGAGGCCGAAGAGUCAGAGGAAGAAUACAAUGAUGACGGCGAGGUGGUACCUAGAGUCACCAAGAAGUUUGUGGAAGAGGAGGAUGAUGAUGAGGAGGAGGAAGAGGAGAAUCUAGAUGAUCAAGAUGAGCAAGGCAACCUGAAAGGCUUUAUCAAUGAUGACGAUGAUGAAGAGGGGGAAGAAGAUGAGGGCAGCGACUCUGGUGAUUCAGAAGAUGAUGUUAGCAACAAGAGAAAACGCCCAUCUUUUGAUGACCGCCUGGAAGAUGAUGACUUUGACCUCAUUGAGGAGAAUUUGGGUGUGAAAGUCAAACGAGGACAAAAAUACCGACGUGUCAAAAAAAUGUCUGAUGAUGAAGAUGAUGAUGAAGAGGAAUAUGGCAAAGAGGAACAUGAAAAGGAGGCUAUUGCAGGGGAAAUCUUCCAGGAUGAAGAAGGGGAGGAAGGACAGGAGGCUGUAGAAGCCCCCAUGGCUCCUCCAGAGGAAGAGGAGGAAGAUGAUGAAGAGUCAGAUAUUGAUGAUUUCAUUGUGGAUGAUGAUGGACAGCCUCUAAAAAAACCCAAGUGGCGAAAAAAGCUUCCUGGAUAUACGGAUGCAGCCCUGCAAGAAGCUCAGGAGAUCUUCGGUGUGGACUUUGACUAUGACGAAUUUGAGAAAUACAAUGAAUAUGAUGAAGAACUGGAGGAAGACUAUGAGUAUGAGGAUGACGAGGCUGAAGGUGAAAUCCGAGUGCGCCCCAAGAAAACUACCAAGAAGCGUGUGAGCCGCAGGAGCAUCUUUGAGAUGUAUGAGCCAAGUGAACUGGAGAGCAGUCACCUGACAGACCAGGACAAUGAAAUUCGAGCCACUGACUUGCCUGAGAGGUUCCAGCUCCGCUCCAUCCCUGUCAAGGCAGCUGAAGAUGAUGAACUAGAAGAAGAAGCUGACUGGAUCUACAGAAACGCCUUUGCCACACCAACCAUUUCACUACAGGUAAAUGUUGACAGUAAAGAAAAGCAUGGACAGGUGCAAACUGGCUGCCUCCUGUCACUAAAAUUCCCAGUAAGUCAGAUUGAGGGCUGCAAGGCUUUUCCUAAUGGACUUCUUCCUCAGGGCUAUGGUGACAAGCACAUCACACUGUAUGAUAUCCGAGCAGAGCUCAGUUGUCGUUAUAAGGACCUCAGGACAGCCUACCGCUCUCCUAACACAGAGGAGAUUUUCAAUAUGUUAACCAAAGAGACGCCAGAGACCUUCUACAUUGGAAAGCUCAUCAUCUGCAAUGUUACCGGCAUUGCUCACAGACGCCCACAGGGUGAGAGCUAUGACCAGGCCAUCCGAAAUGAUGAGACGGGGCUGUGGCAGUGCCCCUUCUGCCAACAGGACAACUUUCCUGAGCUCAGCGAGGUCUGGAACCACUUCGACAGUGGUUCAUGCCCUGGCCAGGCCAUUGGUGUGAAAACACGGCUAGACAAUGGUGUCACCGGCUUCAUCCCUACCAAAUUCCUCAGUGACAAGGUGGUGAAGAGGCCAGAGGAGCGAGUGAAGGUGGGGAUGACUGUUCACUGCCGUAUCAUGAAGAUUGAUAUUGAAAAGUUCAGUGCAGACCUGACCUGCCGGACCUCAGACCUCAUGGACAGGAACAAUGAGUGGAAACUGCCCAAGGACACCUACUACGACUUUGAUGCCGAAGCAGCCGACCACAAGCAGGAAGAGGACAUGAAACGGAAGCAGCAGCGGACCACAUACAUCAAGCGAGUGAUCGCACACCCAUCCUUCCAUAACAUAAAUUUCAAACAAGCAGAAAAGAUGAUGGAGACCAUGGACCAAGGAGAUGUUAUCAUCCGACCCAGCAGCAAGGGUGAAAACCACCUGACAGUGACCUGGAAAGUCAGUGAUGGCAUCUAUCAGCAUGUAGAUGUGCGGGAGGAGGGCAAGGAGAACGCCUUCAGCCUGGGAGCCACUCUGUGGAUCAACAGUGAGGAAUUUGAAGACUUGGAUGAGAUUGUUGCCCGCUAUGUCCAGCCCAUGGCUUCCUUUGCUCGAGACCUACUGAACCACAAGUAUUACCAGGACUGUAGUGGUGGGGACCGAAAGAAGUUAGAGGAGCUGCUCAUCAAAACUAAGAAGGAGAAGCCCACCUUCAUCCCUUAUUUCAUCUGUGCCUGCAAGGAACUGCCCGGCAAGUUCCUCCUGGGAUACCAGCCCCGGGGGAAACCCAGGAUAGAAUAUGUAACAGUGACUCCUGAAGGAUUCCGGUACCGGGGCCAGAUCUUCCCAACUGUGAAUGGACUCUUCAGGUGGUUUAAGGAUCACUAUCAGGAUCCUGUACCAGGCAUCACUCCCAGCAGCAGCAGCAGGACUCGGACCCCUGCUUCUAUCAAUGCUACCCCAGCCAACAUCAAUCUUGCAGAUCUGACACGGGCUGUGAAUGCCUUGCCUCAGAACAUGACUUCGCAGAUGUUCAGUGCCAUUGCUGCUGUGACAGGGCAGGGACAGAACCCCAAUGCUACCCCAGCCCAGUGGGCAUCCAGCCAGUAUGGCUAUGGUGGCAGUGGAGGAGGCAGCAGCGCCUACCAUGUGUUCCCAACGCCAGCCCAGCAGCCGGUGGCCACACCACUAAUGACCCCCAGCUACUCCUACACGACCCCAAGCCAGCCCAUUACCACCCCACAAUACCACCAGCUCCAGGCCAGCACCACCCCACAGUCCACUCAGGCCCAGCCCCAGCCUUCCUCCAGCUCCCGACAACGGCAGCAGCAGCCAAAGUCCAACAGCCAUGCAGCCAUCGACUGGGGCAAGAUGGCCGAGCAGUGGCUACAGGAGAAGGAGGCAGAACGUCGGAAACAGAAACAGCGGCUGACCCCUCGACCCUCUCCCAGCCCCAUGAUCGAAAGCACCCCCAUGUCCAUUGCUGGCGAUGCGACCCCACUCCUGGACGAGAUGGAUCGGUAGGGGGCCUGUUCCUCGGACUCUGGUUACCUCUGAGGCUCCAAGAGGCCUGGCCACCCACAGCCUCACUCCCUGCCCCUCUUUUUUUGUCCAUAAAGUGGCAUGAAAUGACAUUCUCUUUAAUGGUCAGCCUGGAUGGGUGGCAGGCUGGAUGGCCUUGUGAGCUGGUGUGCACCAAGGAGCAGUUCUCCCACUCCAGACUUGUGCCAACCACCUGUCCUGGGACCAGGCUGAGGAAGGAAUGUAGCAGGGAGGAGAAUGAAAGUGGAGCAGUCUGUAAUCUCCCCGGAAGCCAUUUUUGACUUUCUGCCCUCACCUGACACAGGCUAGAAUGGGGCAUCAGGCUCGACUUGUCCAUGUCCCCAGCCUUCCUGGGGAGACGAUGCUAUUUAUUCAGUUUGAGGCAGGCGGGAGAGGAGGGUCCUGAUGUCAGUACUUUGGUGGCUGUCAAAGUAGGACUGUGGGGGACGUAAGGAGCAGUGUUGACCUGCCAGCCCUGCCUACCUAUCCUCAUCUACCCAUGGCCACCUGCUUCUCACCUGUCAUUCGAAUAAACAGUGUUUCUACAGAGCA